GCUUCUUGUUCACUGCCAUUAUGAUGGCGAACGAACGCAAUUAUAACGACAGUGUAGUGCAUGUUCUGCAAGAACUGACCAGUGAGGAUAAAAAAUAUGCGGCGGCACAUUUGAACGAAACCGAUGAAACUAGAAAAAAUGCCGUCGCGGAAAUUCGACGCUGGUGCGAGGACGAAUUGCGCGUACGAAUCGAUGAUUUUCUUAUCCUGAGAUUUUUGAGAGUGUGCGCAUUUAACCUCAAGGAUACUAAAACUAGGAUGCGAAACUAUUAUAAGCAGCGAUUCAACUUUCCAGACUGGUACAUGAAUAAGGAUCCAUUUCGGCCGGAAUUGCAGGAGCUGCUUGAUUCUGGGUUAUUUUUGCCUCUGCGGAAAGUGGAUAGUCGAGGAAGAUUGGUUAUCAUCUCACAUGCUACUCGAUAUGAUCCAACAAGACAUAAACCAUCGGACUUUUAUAAGAUCGGUUUGAUGUUGGCAGAGCUAGCGAUAAAGAAUAACCCCACAGCAUCUGUGUAUGGUUACGUAUUGUUCAUUGAUGUGGACAAUUUAACAAUACGUCAUGUUACUCAAUUUCGACCUUACAUACUGGAUAUAAUACACGCGUGGCAGAAUUGCGUUCCUAUAAGGUGGCAAUCAAUAAACAUUCUCAACGCACCGAUCAUUUUCGAUAUUACCAUCAGGAUUAUGAAAUCUUUCAUGACGAUUGAGAUGAAGAAUAGAUUUCACGUCUAUCGGCACAUGUUGCAGAGCUGUUUUGAAGAUGUUCCAGCUGAUAUCUUGCCAUUCGAAUAUGGCGGUACUGGUAGUACAAUUCGGGAAUUAACUGAUUAUUGGAAGAAAUUGAUUGAAGAGAAUCGCGAUUGGAUUAUGAGUGAUGAGAAUGGUAAGAUUGAAUAAGAUAUUGAAGCAGUGGAUUUAAAAUUGGCAAAAGAUAUUAAUGCUCGAAGAAGAGACAUGUUUGUAUUUAUAAUAGUAAUGUAAGUCGGACUUUGUUUUAAGAAUUUAGUGGAAAAAAAUUAUUAUAUGGUGAUUUUAUCGGUGGUAUAAUAUGAGUGAAAGGAUAAAAUAUAAAAUUUUUAUAUAGAAAAGACAA